AUGCAUUUGCGGCGUAAUUUUCUUCAAACUUGUCUGCCGGAGUUAACCCAAACGCCAUUGCGGGGCGGUUGCUCCUUGUCGUCGUCGUCGUCGUCGUCUUCUUCGUCUUCAUUUCAAUUCUCUCAGGUGCGUCCCAGAAGUGUGUCGGCAUGUGCCACUGGCUGCCGUUUUGUCUCCGUUCACCGUCACGUUGCUCUGCACACCACUCUUUUAUCCACGUAUCAACGCAGCUCCCUGCAUUUCUGCACUCUUCUGUGCGCCCGACGCUUCAACGCAAGUAGUCCGCGUCGCGCUCCCACCUUCUCAGAGGUGUCGGAGGCGUGCCAUAUUUUAGGCGUAGAGGUGGAUUGCGAUCAGCGGCAUUUAAAAAGGGUAUAUCGUGACUUGGUGCGGAAAAAUCACCCCGAUGCUGGAGGUGAUGAGGCAAUGAUGAGUCGUAUUACCGUCGCGUACGAUCGACUACGAGGCAUGUCAAAGAUUGAGAGGGAACAGUUUAAAUUACAGAAGGAUACUUAUCGCGGGGGAAGUUAUUAUGCCACAAGGGCAGGCGCCAGCAGCAGCAGCAGCAGCAGCAGUGGAUACCGCUACCAGUCGCCUGCUGGUUACGGGGCGUAUAACACCCAUGCUUCAAACGGCACGCAGGGCUUUUACGACUCACCAUUUGGUGAGUAUUUUCGUCAGGGUCCCAUGAGGUCCCAGGGCUUCUACAACUACCAGCAACGACAGCAAAAAUAUAGCGAGAAUCCCUUUUCAUCUUCCCAUCCGUUUGGGUUUCACGCACAACUUCGAAGAGCAUGGAGUAUGCCGGUUUCGUCUAUUCUUUUACGUGGUCUUGUGAUGUACCUUGGGGUGUCGAUAUUAUUAUUGUUGAUCUAUCGUCAAUACCGUGAUUGGCUACACGAUGACGGAUGGAAAAUGUCUGAAAGUUUGGCACGAUAUGAACAGAUUUCGGAGCUGCAUCGUUUGAGACAAGAGAUGAAUGAACGCAUUCGUUCCACGCGUGAGGCCGCUGCCGCUCAGAAUCCUAGUGCACGGGUUUUUGCAGCCCUCUAUGAUGAAAACAGGGACUACAACUCGGUGGUUUCUUCUCGAGAGAAAGAGCUCCGUGCUUUGGAGUACGCCCGUCGUCGACAGAUGGAAUUGGGCGAGGAGGCGAAGGGGUGGCCGCAGUUUACGGAAGACAAGGGUCGAUUGAUACGCCGUGCAAAGGAUCCACCCGGUGUCGUUUUCUUUGAGCCACGAAAAGAAGACUUGCGGUAUAGACAGCUGCGGAAUAUGCAAACAGGCCGUGAGUGGAGCGACAAGAAACAAAAUGCGAAAAAUAUGAGUGACAAGGAACCCUCCAAUGAAGGCCAUGCUUUCGCUACGCCUGUUGCUACUACUCAACCCGGGGUAACCACCAUGAGUAAAACAAAUGAUAGUACCGUGACUAAUGCUGCUAAUAAUACUAAUACUAAUACUGCUACUGCUAGUACGAGUAAGAAUACGGGUACUAGCAAUGGUAACACUGCCUCUGUGGAAGUUGAUGGGAUUACGAGGAUUAAAAAAAUCAUUGGUGACGUAUUCCACAAUGAGCAGAAAGCCGCACGAAACGAAUGA